UCGAGGGAUGGGCGUCACCGAAACAAGUGCUUAGGCUAAUCUGAUUGGCCCUGGCAGCCGCCAUUCUUGAAUGUUGCCUGGUGAUGGUCAGCUCGCAGUUUGUCACAGGCAGCCAGUGAGCUGCCAUGAAAACAUCUCCUUCGUCGGUGGGUGGAUGGAUGCGCCCUACUUUGAAAUAUUCUUCUCCAAUAUUGACACAGUGAACGCCAGUGGAUGGGCGGUGCGGCCGGCAGCUGGCCACACCCCCGCCGCCUGAGCGGCACCAUGACCGUUUCACCUGAGGACGAGCUGUGAUGCUGGCGAUGUCAUGAAUAAAUUUGAGGUUCUUGGGAUUGUGGGAGAAGGUGCCUAUGGUGUUGUUCUAAAGUGCAGACACAAGGACACCAAUGAAAUAGUUGCUAUAAAGAAGUUCAAAGACAGUGAAGAAAAUGAGGAGGUCAAAGAAACGACGCUGCGCGAGCUCAAGAUGCUGCGCUCCCUCAAGCAGGAGAACAUUGUGGAGCUCAAAGAGGCUUUUCGAAGGAGAGGAAAGCUGUACCUGGUCUUUGAGUACGUGGAGAAGAACAUGCUUGAGCUGCUGGAGGAGCUUCCCAAUGGCGUUCCAGCCGAGAAGGCACGGAGCUACAUCUACCAGCUGAUUAAGGCCAUCCACUGGUGCCACAAGCAUGACAUUGUCCACCGCGACAUCAAGCCUGAAAACCUUCUCAUCAGCUCGGAUGACGUCCUCAAAUUGUGUGAUUUCGGCUUUGCACGUAAUCUUUCUGAGGGGACGGAUGCCAACUACACCGAGUAUGUGGCCACGAGAUGGUACCGCUCUCCAGAACUCCUGCUUGGGGCUCCAUACGGCAAGGCAGUGGACAUGUGGUCGGUGGGCUGCAUUUUGGGGGAGUUGAGCGACGGGCAGCCUCUCUUCCCCGGCGAGAGCGAGAUCGACCAGCUCUUCACCAUUCAGAAAGUGUUGGGACCGUUGCCGCCGGAGCAGAUGAAGCUCUUCUACAACAACCCUCGCUUCCACGGGCUACGGUUCCCUGCUGUUAACCAUCCCCAAACGUUGGAGCGUCGUUACCUGGGAAUCAUCGGGGGAGCCCUGCUGGACUUGUUGAAGAGUCUGCUGCUGCUCAACCCCACCGAGCGCUUCCUGACGGAGCAGAGCCUCAACCACCACGCCUUCCAGACCCUGAGGCUGGUGGAGCGUUCCGGCCCAUCCACACCCACGCCUGCACGAUCCUCCAAGAGAAAGCCUCACCAUGGAGACACCACCCCCAGCAGGAGUCACGGGGGAAAGAGCUCAGGCAGCCAUCGGUCCAGCACCCGAGAGUGCUCCAGCCUGCCCCGCCACGAGGACCUCCACCCCAGCAAUGAUGGCUUCCUCAACGGCAACAUGCCAGCGGCCAUCAACCUGAGCCCAACGUUGCACCCCAAGAGCUACCAGCAGCCCCUCUUCAACCACUCCACCUCCUGCAACAUGGACCUGGCCGCCACCAACCUGCCCCACCUGCUCACCCCCAAUGACGCCAAAGGCAAGGGCGACUUUGACGUCGGCCUGGGCUCCAAGGGUUCAGAUGGGCCCGGGGCCAAGUACCUCAAGUCCAACUUUCGAUUGCAGCAGCAUCGCCAUUCUUUCGUGGAGGGGAAGACCAACACCCUCCAAUCGGGGGACAAACACAGCCAGCAUGGCUACAUGGACGCUCACUCGCCUUCUUCUUCCAAGUUCUCCUACCUGAACCUGUCUAAGAGUUACGGCACACUGAGCGACGCCAAGUCAGUGGGGAAUUUGAAUGACAUACACCUUUACGCCGAUGAGCCUGCCACUCGCUAUUUCCCCUCCAGCUGCCUGGACCUCACGGCCCCCAGCAGCCCUGCGGUACGCAGGAUAGACCGCCUGGGCGCCAGAGGAAGCAUGCGGUCAGACCGUGAGAGCAACACCCUGGACUCCUCCUACAGGCGCUCGUCCAUCCGGCACAAGGCCUCAGAGGAGGCCAAGUCGCCAGAUAGUCUCGAGCCAGGGGAGGGUGGCGUGGACAGGAGCCACGCCCACUCCCUGUCCGCCCCACAUGACCAGCUGUCCUACGGGCAGGGUUACACCAGCCCCUUCUCUUCUCAACAAAGGCCGCACCGCCACUCCAUGUAUGUACGCAGGGACCACCAGAGGACUCAUGGGGCCGAGGAAGGUCUGCUGGUGGGACAAGGUGUCCCCACACGGGCUAGCAGUCUACAGCUGCUGUCCCCUCAGCUGCAGCAUCGCACGUUACCUCGUCACUCUGCCUCCAGGGAGGAGGACAUGAGCAGGGUGGGCUUGUAUAAUGAGUCUCAGGCGGACGACAGCGCCUCCUCCAAGGAGAACCGUAACAUCUACAGUGAGUCCAUGCCUCGCAGGGUGGGCAGCUUCUACAGAGUUCCGUCUCCUCGGCCAGACAACUCCUUCCACGAUGGCCUCGGGCGGGGAUCGGUCAUGGCGGCCGACGGCGUAAACAUGGCCAACCACUCCAAGCGGCAGCCAGCCUUUGACCCCUGGACGGGUCCAGACACGGUGGUGCUGAAUACUGCCGAACCAUCCAAGGAAAAGGAAAAGCAGGGUUUCUUCAGAGCAAUGAAGAAGAAAAAGAAAAAACCUCAAAUGGUCCCCAGCGAGGAGGCAGUCCUGCAGAAGGUGUCCAGGUCUCACCAGAGCGGCCGCCACCGGGGCCGCGACAAGAGCAGAGAACGGGACCAGGAUCGAGAGCGGGACAAGGACUGGCCAGAGAAGCUUGCAGAUUCCCACUCGCCGAGCCAACCCCUCAAGUCGCUGCGCAAGCUCCUCCAUCUUUCGUCGUCCUCGUCCUCCAACCAGACGGCAUCCGGUGACAUGCGCUACCAGCCUCUGCCCGGCACCACCAACGCUCAGGGGCGGGGUCACUCGGGGCUCGCCACCCCGCAGCUGAAGAGCAGACAGUCUGCCUACCCGCUGCCCGGACAGCUGGAGCCCGGCUGGCACUCGUCCGCCUUGGGCCGCCCAGAGGGCAACCCCUACCCCGAGCAGAUGGGCGUCAAAGGGGGCCAGAACGGGCAUGGCUUUGGACGCCCCUCCAGGUCUCGCAUGGCCAACCUCAACGACCUUAAAGAGACGGCGCUGUGAAGGCCAGAACACAUACACACACAAACACACACACACAGUCUCUGGGGGGCGUGAAACAAGACCAGGUUCUCAUUUGUCUCAUGUGGACUAGACAAACCGUCCCACAAUGAAGGUGUGAAAUUGUGCCACACAAGAAGACACUAAAAGCUUCAAGAGUGUUUUUUUUAAAGGCUUCCAUGUUUGAUAGACUUUCUAAAAUGACUAGAUUUAUUUAUAUAUUGAAUAUAAAUGUACAUGUGCAAUAUGGAAAUACAUAGACAAGGUGUAGAUUGAAAGUGUAUUUUUGUUUUGAAUUGAGGAAUAUAUACAGCAUAUAUAGAUAUACAGUAAAUAUACAUACACAUGGUAUAUUGUAGACUUGACUUCUUUCUGUCGUCAGUGACGUCAACCUGCCCAUCAUUCAGCUACGGUCAUCCCAUUCCAUUCUUUCUUUUCAUUACUUGGACUUGAAACUGGAGGCGCACGGUGGACAAGUGGUUAUCAUGUUGGCCACACAGUCAGGAGGAAUUGUCUAUAGGUAUGAAUGUGAGUGUGAAUGAUUGUUUGUCUAUAUGUGCCCUGUGAUUGGCUGCUGGUGUACCCUGCCUCUCGCCCAAAAUCAGCUGUAAUAGGCUCCAGUGUACCCCCCGCGAUCCUGAUGUGGAUAAGUGGAAUAGAAAGUGGAUGGACUUGAAACUGUAUGCCACGCUGCCCUCUGGAGGAAGUAGGCCUUUACUGCACAGCACUUAUGAUACUGUAUACAAAAUUCAAAGCUCCAUGUCCCUGUGUGAAAAAGUGAUUGCCUUCUAAAGCUAAUAACUGGUUGGGCCACCCUUAGCGGCAACAACUGCAAUCAAGCAUUUGUGAUAACUUGCAAUGAGUCUCUUACAGUGCUGUGGAAGAAUUUUGGCCCACUCAUUUUUGAUGAAUUGUUGUCAUUCAGCCACAUUGGAGGCUUUUCCAGCAUGAAGCCUUUUUAAGGGCAUGCCUUGGAUCAUUGUCCUGCUGCAGAACCCAAGUUGGUUUCAGUUUGAGGUCACCAACAGAUGGCCGCACAUUCUCCUUCAGCAGAAUUCAUGGUUCCAUUUAUCACAGCAAGUCUUCCAGGACCUGAAGCAGCAAAACAUCCCCAGACCAUCACACUACCACCACCAUAUUUUACUGUUGCUAUGAUGUUCUUUUUCUGGAAUGCAGAGUUACUUUUACACCAGAUGUAAUGGGACAUUCACCUUCCAAAAAGUCAAACUUUUGUCUCAUCAGAUCACAGAGUAUUUUUGGGAAUCAUCGAGAUUUUUUCUGGCAAAAUUGAGAGGUGACUUAAUGUGGUUUUGAUCUUGGAAAGCUGCCAUGCAGGUCAUUUUUGCCCAUUGUCUUUCUUAUGGCGGAGUAAUGAACACUGACUUUAACUGAGGCAAGUGUGGCGUGCAGUUCUUUGAAUGUUGUUGUGGGGUCUUUUGUGACCUCUUGGAUGAGUCGUCGCUGUGCUCUUGGGGUCAUUUUGGUUGGCCGGACGCUCCUGGGAAGGUUCACCGUGGUUAAUUUUUUUCGCCAUUUGUGGAUAAUGGCUCUCACUAUGGUUUGCUGGGGUCCCAAAGCUUUAGAAAUGUCUUUUUACCCUUUUCGACACUGAUAGGUCUUAAUUAAUUUUCCACACAGGGCCAUGUAAGCAUGGAUUUUCUUUCCCCUUAAUAAUAUGUUUAUUAAUAAUAUGUUUUUUGUUAAAACUUAAUUUUGUGUUCAGUUGUGUUGUCAUUGAUGAAUAUUUUUGUUUGUUUGAUGAUCUGAAACCUUUAAGUGUGACAAAUGUGCAAAAAGGAAGGGGGCAAACACUUUUCCACAGCGCUGUACAUGAUGAGGGAACAAACUAAACACACAACAUGAAGAACAGAUGAAUCGCUCCAUACUUAAAUUAAAGUUUUUCUAAAAAAAAUAAUAAUAAUCCUUGCUAUAUUACAUAUUGCAAAAUUUUGAUUUGCAGUAUUUUUUCAGUAAUCAAACUAUUCUUUCUGUUGCAAUAAAUAUUUUUGCAAAAAAAUAUGUAUUUUCUUGGAAAAAGUACUUCAAUCUUGCAACAUUUUUUUUCUAAAGAAAUACUUGACUCUUUAAAGAUGACAGAUUUGUUUUUAAAAAGCUUGAAUGUGGAAAGCUUUUGUUUUUUUUUUAUACUUUUUUCUGCCAAAAAUACUUACAUUUUUUAAAGAUUCCGUUUUUAACUUUUGCAAGAAAAAAUCAGCAAGAUUACAAUUUUUGUUAGUAAAAAAAACCCCACAUUUCAAUCUUGUAAAAUAACAGAUGUAUUUAUAUUUUAAAAUACUUUCAUUUUGCAUGCAGCUUUUUUCCCCCAAAAAUAAAAAAUAGGUAUAUCUUGCAAGAUUCCAACUUUUUUUCUAAAAAAUAUAUAUAUAUAUAUAUAUAUAAAAAUAUAUAUAUAUAUAUAUAUAUAUUUUUUUUUUUCACUUUAUUUCUUUAAAAAAAAACUUUGAUCUUGCACAGGCCAGGAGGGUCUUCCUGGGUCUUCCGUGGGUUUUCUCCCGGUUCUCCGGUUUCCUCCCACAUUCCAAAAACAUGCUAGGUUAAUUGGCGACUCCAAAUUGUCCAUAGGUAUGAAUGUGAGUGUGAAUGGUUGUUUGUCUAUAUGUGCCCUGUGAUUGGCUGGCCACCAGUCCAGGGUGUACCCCACCUCUCGCCCGAAGACAGCUGGGAUAGGCUCCCGCACCCGCGUGACCCUUGUGAGGAUAAGCGGUAGACAAUGGAUGGAUGGAUGCAACACAUUUCAUUUUCUCCAGGGUGAAUAUAUCUAUUUUUUCUUUUUUAUGUGAGUUUGUUGACUUUUUGUCCAUCAGUGAGCUUGGAGAAAGCUUUGCAAUCUUGCACUUUUCACUUUCUAUUCUGUCGGUUCUUCCUGACGACGUGCUGUGUAUUAUAUGAAUAUGAAUAUUGAAUAUUGACUUGAAUUGUAACAUAGUCCACAUCUUUAUCUGCUUUGUUUCUUUUUUUUUUCCUCAGACAAACAAAUGUGGCUCUUUCAUGUUUCCAAAUGUAACUCCAAAGCUCCAAUAAAACAAACAUUA